UGUUUAUAUGCUAUGAGGUGAGCUUUGAUUGUUUUCUCUAAAAAUGUUAUUGACAAUGAAAUUAAUGGAUUCUAAAAUGUUCAAGAAGAGCCAAAUUCCUGUCAGAAUCUAAGUUGAUGGUUUCUUUUUCUUUCUUAGACGGUUUUCCUUCCGUCCGGAACCGGAUCCGUAUUGUCAAGCUAAAUACACUUUCUGUCCGACUGGCUCACAUAUCCCAGUUAUGAAGGGCGAUGAUGUCAUUGAAGUCUUUCGGUUACAAGCCCCAGUAUGGGAAUUUAAAUACGGAGACCUCCUGGGACACUUGAAAAUUAUGCAUGAUGCCAUUGGAUUCAGGAGUACCUUAACGGGCAAGAAUUACACAAUGGAAUGGUAUGAACUUUUCCAACUUGGAAACUGCACGUUUCCUCAUCUCCGACCUGAAAUGAAUGCUCCUUUCUGGUGUAAUCAAGGCGCUGCCUGCUUUUUUGAAGGAAUUGAUGAUAGUCACUGGAAGGAAAAUGGGACAUUAGUUCUAGUAGCGACCAUAUCAGGAAACAUGUUUAACAAAAUGGCAAAGUGGGUAAAACAGGACAAUGAAACAGGGAUUUAUUACGAGACGUGGACUGUCCAAGCCAGCCCAGAAAAAGGGGCAGAGACAUGGUUCGAAUCCUACGAUUGUAGCAAAUUUGUGUUAAGGACAUAUAAGAAAUUGGCUGAAUUUGGAGCAGAGUUCAAGAAGAUAGAAACCAACUAUACAAGAAUAUUUCUUUACAGUGGAGAGCCUACUUAUUUGGGAAAUGAAACAUCUAUUUUUGGACCAACAGGAAACAAGACUCUUGCUUUGGCCAUAAAAAGAUUUUAUUACCCCUUCAAACCGCAUUUGUCAACUAAAGAAUUUCUCAUGAGUCUUUUGCAAAUUUUUGAUGCAGUGAUUAUACACAGACAGUUCUAUUUGUUUUAUAAUUUUGAAUAUUGGUUUUUACCUAUGAAAUUCCCUUUUAUUAAAAUAACAUAUGAAGAAAUCCCUUUACCUAACAGAAACAAAACACUCUCUGGUUUAUAAAACCUUAAUUCUGUUGCUCUUUUUUUCGCCUACCACCAGCAUAUCAGUUUUUCAGGGCCUGCCUGGUUUUACAUUUGUGGAUUUCUUAGUCCUUUCUUCCUUGGGGCAGAAAGGUAAAAUGCACAUGGGCAGAAUUGCUGCAUGAUAAUAUCUCAGGACUUUUUUUGAAAAGAAGCUGAAAUUCGUUGGCCAAAGUGAGCACGUUAGAUGAUCUUGAUUUCAAUCUCCAAGCCUUUGUUAAUAUGAGUUACAGUUCAUAUCAGAUAUAUAGGAUCUUUGAACCCAAUAUUUUAAAAUUGUGGAUAUGGUAUGCCAAGAUUUUAAAAUACUCUCAGUGACAUUUUCAUGGUGGGUGCUCCUUUUUUUCUGGUAUGGUGGUUACGGUUUUUCAUUUAAGUACUUUUUAGACUGACUUUACAGCUUGUGUAACUUUUGGAACCAGGUCUAAUAGUUGAUUUUGUUCUGUUCACUUAACCUUAAAGUCUAAUUUGGACACCAUAGCUGGGGAGCGGUUGUGCUUCCCCGUGGGGUAAAUACAGUGCUAAAGAGCAUGGCUAGCAUUUUAGAACUGGUCAAUAACUGGCAUUUUGUGAUUUAAGCCGCUUAACAUGUCCAAACCUUAGUCUCCUUACCUCUAAAAUGAUUCAUCUGUCAGGAUUGUUGUAAAGAUUGAAGCCAUGUGUGUUUGGCAUAGUAAGUUCACACAAUAAAUGGUAUUUAAUGGUAUUAAACGGUAAUAGUUGGUAUUUAAUCACAAUAUAAUGAUUAAUCAAGGAACAAACUGCCAUCCUUGGUCUUGCCUAAUGUAGUUCACAUGCCAGCCUUUCCUGGGUUUUGUAAUUAAUCACCUAGGCUUGGAGCUGACAGCAUAGUGCUUCUGCAGUUCUUCAAACACGUGGGGCAUGGAAGUAUCUGACUGCAGACACAUCUGGGUGGAUAUGUGCCCUCCGACUCCUUCACUGCUUGCUGUGUCCUCCCUCUGCCCACCAAAGCUGCCAGCUCAGUGGAAGAGGUUUCACUUCCCAGAGAGAGGACAGAUAUUGUCAAUGAUCUCCAAGUAGCAGUGCUUCCAUCAGGCCAUCAAAUAAGAUUUCAAGGUCCUUUAAGUGUUUGAUGAUCAACUGAACACAUUCUUUCUAUUCAUGGAAAAAACACCAAUCCGUAAGAUGACGAAGCAGAGAUCAGAGAAAACAAUCCGUGUUUACUAUGUAAAUGUACCAAUUAUAUCAUUCAGUUUCUACUAACAUUUGAGUGCUUCCUGAGAGGUUUGGCACAUUAUCAUAGAGUUCUCAUAAAAAGCCUAAACAUAGAUAUUAUUUACCUGAUCCAAAUGAGUAAACUGGGGCUUAGAAAGGUUAAGUGAUCUUUCCACAGCUACCCAGCUAGUGGUAAUGGAGCCACAGUUUGGACCAGGCUCUGCUAACUGAACGGGAUGCACUAUCAAAGCCAGUUUUUCAGCACUACUCGAAGGGUGGUCCUCAGACCAGUGCCUGCACCGUAUGUUACUAACACCAUGUGUUACUGGUCUGUGAGGGGAUCAGUACAGAUGCUGAUAGGAAGCAUUUAAACUUUUAAAGCAACUUCUUGAAUUUUGUUUCUGUUGAAUCUCAUUAAAAAAUUGGGGCUUGUAUUUUUUGUCUUUGUUUUUACUUCAUUUGUCUAGGAAUUCACUUUUACUGUCUUUUUCAAAACUAUAGGCACUACAACAGUCUGAAAAUAAAAACCCAGCCCUUUACCACAGAUAGCUUGAGAAGCACUGCAUUAUUCUGCUUACUGCACAGAGGUAAAGUCUUACUCAAAUACAUAGGGAGAACUUUCUUUCACUGCCUACCAUUUAGCCUAUCUACUCAUGUUAAUAGUGCCUAAACAUUCCUAAUUAAUUUUGCUUCUUUAGCCUACUAGUUGUCUUCAGGAUAUGUCAUAAGAAAAUUUGGAUCUUUGCAGUAUCACCAUCUAGUGGCUAAAAUCGGGCAGUGCCAACUUCUACUGGAUUCUUAGGAAAAUUGCUCUGGGUAACAGGAAAAAACUCUUGUGCCAAGUUUCUGUUAACUGUGAAUCACAGAACUUGGCUCCAUAGAAAAGACAAAUGAGGACACCUGUAAAUGAAUUUUAAAGCAAGAUUCUAAUAGUUACGUUUAAAAAGCAUUCAAGAUUUUUCAUUGUUCCUGAGAAUAUUAAUAAAUGAAGAGAUUCUGUGAAGGUAACAGAGACUCAGAUGACUGUAGCACAUGAGCACAGCAUUCAUAUAAGUACUUCUUAAGAAUUUAUCAAACCUGUCAACUGUACUUACUUACAAGAUGAAGUAUGGCUUUGGAGUAGAGAUGAAUCAUUCAGGAACAAAGCUGCUUUGAAAAUGGCAGUUGGGAAAACAAAACAAGGCCAGGCAGGAAUUUGCCAAUUAAAUUUUGCUGCCCUUUGAACUACUGUAUAACUUAAAUAUGAUUUCUAUUUUUCUGUUAAUUUAAGUUGUAAAUGUAUAAAAUUUCCU